GGCCCUGCGGCCGGGGGCGGUGCCGGUCAGGUGCUCGGCGCCCGGGCCCCGUGCAGGUGAGCCGCCCGCGCCUCCGCCGCCUCCCCGGCUGCCCCCUCCCGACUCUCCGACCUGUGGUCCGAAGCCCCUGCGGGCCGUCGGGAUCGCUGCGAGGAUUAUCUUACACUGAGCUGAUCAAAUACUUUGAAAAUGACUUCAAAACUCCUCUGGGUAUCCUUCAUACUUGCUGCAUUAAUACUCUCGAUUACAUUUUCUCUCCAACCAGACCAGCAAAAGGUUCUACUGGUUUCAUUUGAUGGAUUCCGUUGGGAUUAUUUAUACAGAGUUCCAACACCCCAUUUUCAUUAUGUUAUGAAGUAUGGUGUUCAUGUGAAGCAAGUCACUAAUAUUUUUAUUACAAAGACCUACCCUAACCAUUAUACUUUGGUAACUGGCCUCUUUGCAGAGAAUCAUGGGAUUGUUGCAAAUGACAUGUUUGACCCUAUUUUGAAUAAAUCUUUCUCCUUGGAUAACAUGACUAUUUAUGAUUCUGAGUUUUGGGAAGAAGCAACGCCAAUAUGGAUCACAAAUCAGAGGGCAGGACAUUCUAGUGGUGCAGCCAUGUGGCCUGGAGCAGAUGUAAAAAUACAUAAUAGCUUUCCUACGCACUAUAUGCCUUACAAUGAGUCUGUUUCAUUUGAAGAUAGAGUUGCCAAGAUUAUUGAAUGGUUUACGUCCAAAGAGCCCAUAAAUCUCGGUCUUCUUUACUGGGAAGAUCCCGAUGAUAUGGGCCACCAUUUGGGACCUGAGAGUCCACUCAUGGGGCCUGUCAUUUCGGAUAUUGACAACAAGUUGGGAUAUCUCAUACAAAUGCUGAAAAAGGAAAAGCUGUGGAACAUCCUGAACCUAAUCAUCACAAGUGAUCAUGGAAUGACCCAGUGUUCUGAGGAAAGGAUAAUAGAACUUGAUCAGUAUGUGGAUAAAGACCACUAUAUCCUGAUUGACCAAUCUCCAGUAGCAGCCAUCUUGCCAAAAGAAGGUAAAUUUGAUGAAGUCUAUGAAGCACUAGCUCGUGCUCAUCCUAAUCUUACUGUUUACAAAAAAGAAGAGAUUCCAGAAAGAUGGCAUUACAAGUACAACCAUCGAAUUCAACCCAUCCUAGCAGUGGCUGACGAAGGGUGGUAUAUUUUACAGAAUAAGACAGAUAAUUUUCUGUUAGGCAACCACGGUUAUGAUAAUGCGUUAGCCGAAAUGCAUCCAAUAUUUUUAGCCCACGGUCCUGCCUUCAGAAAGAAUUUCACAAAAGAAGCCAUGAACUCCACAGAUCUGUACCCACUUCUCUGUCACCUCCUCAAUGUCACGGGCAUGCCACACAAUGGAUCAUUCAGGAAUGUCCAGGAUCUGCUCACUUCAGCAACCCCAAGACCAACUCCUUACACACCAAAUCCUACACUCCUCCAUAGUAGUGUCAAGCCCGGAGAAGAUGAGCACGAGGAGUCAUAUGCUUAUUUCCUAGGGGUGUCUCUUGGCAGCAUUUUGGUGAUUGUAUUUUUUAUAAUCUUCAUUAAACAUUUAAUUCGCAGUCAGAUACCUGCCUUACCAGAUAUACAGGCUGAAAUAGCUCAACCAUUAUUACAAGCCUAAUGCUACUUUGGAGAUUGUGUAUUUAUUUCAGUGUUUAAAGGUUUCAAAUUCUAGGAAACCAGUUUUAGACAUUUGCACAGAUCUUUAAGGAGUUAUAUACAGGCACAGCCACACACAUAUACACACACACACACACACCAAAAGCAUACACAUGGACCAAAUAUACUUACCUACAAAGGAUUAAAAUGGGGAAGUAUGAUUCUGUUAUUCUCUCUUAGGGGUAGAUAAAAUCCUGCUUUAUUUGGAUAUGGCGCAUAUAAUGUAUAUAUUUAGCAACUUUGCACUAUUUAAAAUAUCAUAUAUAUUGCACUUUAAAUUACUCUUCUAAUGGGUAUCUUUAUGUGAAAUGCACUUUACUGACAAUUAUAUCUUCUACUUUGGUUGAAAAAGACCAAUUUUUCUCUGCCCACAUCCCAGAAUACUUGUUACUUAUUUGAACUGGGUGAAUUUUCUAAUAAUUCCUGAAAAAUGUAGAAAUAUCUCUCCUUAAACCAGGAGUGCAAAAAGAAAGUCAAAACUGUUGGAGAUUAAAUGCAACAACCCUUGUCCAUUGAAUUGUGAGAGAUGCAUUCCCAAAAGCAGAUGUAUCUGGGCAUUCCUUUCUGUGCUUCUUUUUAAAAGACAUGAGUUUUUGUUUUAUUUUUCCUAAAAAAAAAAAAAAAAAAAAAUUUCAAUACUGACAGAUUCCAUCUAAACAUACAUUCCAUCUAAACAUUUCAUUUCUGUCAUGAAAUUCAUUAUUGCUAUUUUCUGACGAGUCAUUCUGAUCCUAUAAUAAUGAAGACCCCGAAAUAUCUGUGUCCUUCCCACGUAGUCCAGCACUGGCCUGCUCUGAACAGAAGAGAUUGGAGACCAUCCCAGCAAUAAGUUUUUGUUCUUGUUCUGUAAUUAUUUGCUUCUUUGAAAACUAAAUCACUUUUAAUCACAUUAAAAAUCACAUUAGGUACAUCAACGUUGGUUUUCUUUCUGGUAACAUGUAGUAAGAGCACAAGCAUCCCUAAGACUUGAGUGUUUCCAGAUCCAGAGUUGCAAGGGAUAACAAGCUGUGUUAGGUAAAACACAGGCCACUCAAUCCGCAAGGGCUGUGCAGAGCUAGGGAAAGAAAAUUAGGUGGGACAAUGUCUGGUACGUUCAUACUGUCCCCAGAGCAGUGCUAAAGGGUGCUUGAUGGCAGAAACCAGGGAAAUAGUUCUCAGGGGGAACAAAUGUUCAGGAUCUGGACAGGAUUGAAACAAGAGGAGCUGAGAUCCUAGCCUCAUUUCAUGAAAUAUUUGGAUACCCACUCACUGGCUGCUCAGUGAAAUCAGGUUCACAAACACAUCUGCUUGGUCUCCUUUAUUUCAACCACCAAAGCUGUGCUUCAGAUCUUUGAAGUAGUCAGGUUGGGGAGACCUAGGAUUUACCUGUCAUUUAUUAAAGGAAAAGAGAAAAUCCUGGAAAGAAAAGCUUUCUUUGAAGAAACAAAACAAAACCAGUUUAUAGAGAGAUGGCCCACAGAUGAUACUGUGAUUUUGUGUAUAUGAAUGCAUCCACGGGCUAAUGAGUAGGUAAAACGGUAUAAGUAUUCUAUAGAGAUAGGAUAAAGCAGAUAUAAAGAACAAAACUAUUUUUACCUUCAAAAAUAUAGUUGAACUUAAGGACUUCCUAAAAUAAAGUGAAUGAAUUAUUUUUAAAAUGGUAAUAGCAAUAAAGAAGAUUAGCACUUAAUUCUCAUUUCAUUACAAAGCCUCUUAAUCAAAUAGAAUGGGAUCCCUGGACGUGUACUGACAUUAAAGAGCUGAGAAAUUAGAUGGUAGAUGGCAAACUCCCCCAGAAGUCUGAACUCUGAAUUAGACAUUUUAGAAUCGGCAGCCAUUCACGUUGGCUUGCUGUGUAGCUGUGAACUUAGCAGCAUGACUGAGAUGCCAAUAUAAUCACUGAAAGACGAAAUUGGUCUGUUUAAAAGCAGAGUUGAAAAAAAUAAAUAAAUAAAUAAAUAAAUAAAUAAAAGCAGAGUUGUUCACAUGCUGUCUGUACAUUUAAAAAUUGUUGCAUUAAGUUCAUUUUAGAAUUGCCUUAGUGGUAAGAAGAAAGUAAAUGCUGUACCAUUGAUGAAAUCAUUAAAAUUCUGAUCUGAAUAUUG